AUGGCAUCCUCCGUUUUCGUUUCCAUUUCCCUUGUGGUCUUAGCAUGUAUGCUGUUGUGUGGAACUUAUUUGGAUAGUGGAGCUCAUUUUGUGGGAGCAUCUGAAUUAUCAGCACUACAACUAGAAGCAAAGGCUCUUCUGGAGGCGGGAUGGUGGAGUGGUUACAGGAACAGCAACGAUACCUCAACUCGUUGCAACUGGGCUGGUAUUACUUGCAAUGCUGGUGGAAGCGUUACAGAGAUUCACUUGACUAAUAAUCAGAUCUAUCUAGAUAAGUUAAAUCUCAACUUCUCUUUCUUCCCUAAUUUAGUCCGUCUUAAUCUAUCCCAUAAUUAUUUUGGGGAGAGUAUUCCACUUAAGAUAGGUACUCUAUCGAAACUCACUUUUCUUGAUUUGUCUAGUAAUUAUUUUCAUGGGAGUAUUCCACUUGAGAUAGGUACUUUAUCGAAACUCACUUAUCUUGAUUUGUCCAACAAUAAUCUUGAAGGGAGUAUUCCACUUGAGAUAGGUACUCCAUCGAAACUUACUUAUCUUGAUUUGUCCAACAAUAAUCUUCAAGGGAGUAUUCCACUUGAAAUGGGUACUCUAUCGCGACUCUCUCACCUUCAUCUGUCCAACAAUAACUUGACAGGUACGCUGCCUCUUUUACUUGCAAACCUCACCCAAUUAGUGAGGUUUGACAUUUCUUUUAAUCAAAUCACUGGUUUCAUCCCUGAAAGAUUGGGAAAUUUGAAGAACCUGGUUGAGUUUCAUUUGAAUGAAAAUAACUUCAUUGGACCAAUCCCUUCAUCUUUAUGUCUCUUAACCAAUCUCACCCAUCUGGAUAUGUCUAGAAAUCAUCUCAAUGGUUCCAUCCUUGAAAAGUUGGGAUACUUGAAAAAUCUCGUUGAAUUACAUUUGAGUGAAAACGCAUUCACUGGACCCAUCCCUUCAUCUCUUGGGCUUUUAGUUAAUCUCACGGGUCUGGAUAUGCAUGGAAAUCAAAUCAAUGGUUUCAUACCACCAGAAUUGGGGAUGCUAAACAAUUUGCGCUACUUGGACCUAAGCAAUAACAAGCUCAUUGGUCCAAUCCCUUCGACUCUGAGCCAUUUAAGUAUUUUGAACCUUUCAAGGAAUCAAAUCAAUGGUUCCAUACCAUCAGAAAUGGGAAUGCUAAACGAUUUGGCCUACUUGGACCUAAGCAAUAACAAGCUCAUUGGUCCAAUCCCUUCGACUCUAGGCCAUUUAAGUAUUUUGAAUUAUUUGGACCUUUCAAGAAAUCAAAUCAAUGGUUCCAUACCAUCAGAAAUGGGGAUGUUGAAGAACUUGUUCAAAAUGGACCUUUCCAGGAAUCAAAUCAGUGGUCCAAUCCCUUCAACUAUAGGCAAUUUAACUGGUUUGCAUGCUUUGAUGCUUAGUGCAAAUCAAAUCAAUUGUUCCAUCCCGGUUGAAAUGGAGAAUUUGAAGAAUUUGGAUCUUUUGUUUCUCGAUCAAAAUAAUCUAACCGGCUAUCUUCCCCUUUUUUUUGCUUCUUAUGUGAGUCUCAAUUUGUCAUAUAAUUCGUUCAAAUGUGCAAUUCCAUGUCAAUAUUAUAAUUCAGAUUAUGCAUCCGGCAUGUUAAUUGGCAACAAGGAUUUAUGCAAUGGUAGCUUCAAGGUUUUCCCUCCUUGCCCUGAGUUUUCCCCGACUUUAUCCCCGACUACUAACAAAUCAAGAAUAACCAAACUAGAAAUUUUGGUUCCAAUCGCCAUUUUUCUUGGAUUCAUAGUUCUUGGCGGCUUUCUUCACUCGAGAUGCAAGGUUAAGAAGACCCAGUGUAACUCAAAAGAAACAAAGAAUGGGAACUUGUUCUCGAUAUGGAAUUACGAUGGACAUAUUGCAUACGAAGAUAUCAUUGAAGCAACCGAGGACUUUGACAUAAAAUAUUGUAUUGGAACAGGUGGUUAUGGCAGCGUUUACAAAGCAAAAUUACCUGGUGGCAAAGUGAUUGCCUUGAAGAAACUUCAUCAGUUGGAGGCUGAGAAUCCAACUUUUGAUAUGAGUUUCAAGAAUGAGGUAAAAGUGUUAACAGAAAUUCGGCAUCGAAACAUUAUAAAACUUCAUGGGUUUUGUUUACAUAAACGAUGCAUGUUUUUGGUUUAUGAGUAUAUGGAAAGGGGAAGCCUAUUUUAUGUCCUGAGCAAUGACGUUGAAGCUAUAGAAUUGGAUUGGAGCAAGAGGGUGACCAUCAUCAAAGGCAUCGCCCAUGCCUUAUCUUACAUGCAUCAUGAAUGCAUUCCAACAAUUGUUCAUCGAGAUAUAACAAGCAACAAUAUUUUAUUGAACUCGAAACUAGAGGCUUUUGUCUCUGACUUUGGCACUGCUAAACUCCUUGAUCCUCAUUCCUCCAAUCAAACAUUAGUUGCGGGCACUUACGGUUAUAUUGCUCCAGAGUUGGCCUAUACAAUGAAAGUUACUGAAAAAUGCGACGUUUAUAGCUUUGGAGUGGUGGCAUUGGAAAUAUUAAUGGGAAGACAUCCAACGGAACUCUUAACUUCAUUAGCAUCACCGUCUUCUCAAAACGUGAUGUUACAUGAAAUAUUAGACCAACGUUUGCCACCUCCAACUUAUCUGGUUGCACAGGAUAUUUUUCUUGUCGCUGCAAUAGCAUUUGCAUGUCUACAGAACAAACCAAAGUCUCGGCCUACAAUGAAAUACGUGUCUCAAGAAUUUCUUUUUCGAAAGAAGCCAAUAGCCAAGCCUUUACAUGCAUUUUCACUAUGGCAGCUAAGGAACCAAGAAAUAAAUAUGGCUGGAUCAGGGGAUGAAACUCAAUUAUGA